CCCCUGAGUUCCUUCCAAGCACAUUGAACUUGGUGUUAGGUUGCUCGAGUUACUUCCAUGGUAGAUUAAAGGGUACUCAAGACAUGAACUGGAACAUGUCAAUGAAUUAACUGCUACGAGGAUAAAACGACCAUUUAAUUUUCACUGACAAUUUUAAUUAACUAAUAUUGAUAUGCAUAUUAAAUGGUUCCGUUAGCUGUCAAAUAUGUGUCCUAAAAAACUACAAUGGAUGGUUGCACACUUUUUAUAAACUCUUCUUAAUACAAAAUACAAUUAAUUAAAAUUGUAACAACUACUUGUCUACUUGACAUUGUAUUCCCUAUAAAUAGGUACCAUUUUAGUUCUAAUUAAUAUUCUCAUAACCUCACAACACCAAAAUAUUGAUAAUAACUAGUGUUCAAAGCAGUCAUCAGAAUUAUGAAGAUGGCUCUUGUCUCAAUCGCAACAAUAUUUGUUGUUGCGUUUUUCGCUACAUUUGCAUAUGCAUCAGAUCCCAGCCCUCUCCAAGAUUUUUGUGUUGCUGUUAACGACACCGAGGCUUUUGUUUUUGUGAAUGGGAAGAUCUGCAAGAACCCUAAUAUGGUUGUGGCCGAAGAUUUCCUUUUUCGGGGAUUAAACAAGCCUGGAAACACCUCCAAUCCACUUGGAUCGAGAGUCACUCCUGUUACUGUCAAUCAAUUACCUGGACUCAACACUUUGGGUAUUUCUGCUGUGCGUAUAGACUAUGCACCAAACGGUUUGAACCCACCGCACACUCACCCACGUGCCACUGAGAUUCUUAUUUUGUUAAAAGGAACUCUUUAUGUUGGAUUCGUCACUUCAAAUCCAGCUGACCCUGCCUUGAAAAACAAGCUCUUCGCAACGUAUUUGCACCCUGGGGACGUUUUCGUCUUUCCACAGGGUUUGAUUCAUUUCCAGUUUAAUGUUGGAAAGACCAAUGCUGUAGCAUUUGCUGGUCUGAGCAGCCAAAAUCCAGGUGUUAUUACUAUAGCUAAUGCAGUGUUUGGUUCGGAUCCACCAAUUAAUCCAGCUGUCCUAACAAAGGCGUUCCAGGUUGAGAAGGAUGUGAUUGAGUAUCUUCAAGCGCAAUUCUGGUGGAACAUCGAUUAAACACACAAAGUUGAUCAUCGUAAGAAUCUUGUUGAUAAUAUAUAAAUAUAUAUAUGACAAAUUAUUGUCUUAAAUAAAGCUAUAGUUAUUGGUUAUGUACUGUGCACUUCAUGUCUGAAUAAAUAACGGCUAUAAGUAUUUAAUUAUGUUUACUCGUUUAUGAUCGUUUUAUCUUUAUUCGACUGCAAUUGGGCUAGAGUAUUACUUCACUUGGACACAAACCAAAAAAAAAAAAAAAAUCAUAAAAUAAGUCAAUAUUUAUAGACUUGAAUUAAUCUUUAAAUUUAGAGAUGAUAUAAUAUAGGUGAGAACCCAACUAAUCCAAAAUAAUAAAUAGAUUGAGAACCCCAAAUAAUCCAAAAUCAAAGAUAGAUAAUCCAAACUAAGUCAAAAAUAAUUGUUGAAAAAAAGCCUAUUAGAUGUUUCCUAUAAAGAUUGA